AUGCGGUCCGCCCAGGCUUUCGUUGUCGUUGCUGGCGCUACAGGUGUCGGUGCAGCCGUUGCUGUUGGUUUGCUAAAACGGGAUACACCAUCAUGUGCAAGCGCUGUCAACGACUACGCCUGCGAUCAGUGGCUGACAGACACCGACUGCUGUGAAAACACGAGUUAUCUUUUUGACAUUGGGGAAUGUCUCGACGAUAACUGUUCGGCAGAUGCUGGAUCUGACGCUUGGAAAAUUAUCACAAACGAAUGUUAUUCAGCCUAUGUCACAAUUCAAUGGGAUUAUGAUAUCUUAACAGACUUCCUCGCAACGAGAUCCGCGACGGAUAUCACCACGUAUAGCACAUCCUAUACAACAAUCUCCUAUACUUCUAUAGAAACAUCCGAAGAAGUUUCUGCAACUUCUACCCCAACGACGUCUUCGCCCGAAUUUACAACCUCACCAAUACUGACUCCAUCGCCCACUCAGUCACAUACUACCUCAUUUACAGAAGACGAUGAGGAAGAGAGCAGUAGCGGCAUAGACGAGACGACUACCAUAGCUAUCGCCGUGCCGUUGGCCCUUUUUGGAGGGCUACUACUAUUGCUACUCCUCUGGUUCGCGUUGCGAAGGACUGGCCAUGUCCGUACGAAGCCAAAGGUUAAGGAUAUCUGGUUCGCAUUUCGAAAGAUUAUCGGUCCCCUUACAAGGGCCAAAGUUAACGAACCGGAGGAGCCACCGGCCACAAAAGAAGAAGAUCCACCGAUAAUAUAUGAGAUUUGUGGCACAGAAGUCAGCAGAACGAACAGCAAUCAGUUUCUUGAGUUAGAAGCGUCCCCUGCAAUGCCUAGGUUCGACGGUGACUCGCUUAUGACUCCGAGGGUGUCUCGGUCCGAAGCUGGCUCUUCACAUUGGAAUACUCAGCCGACCGGGGAAAUAGACCUCGAUAGAACCUCAUUCGCAGGGUCUUCAAGACACCAACGAAUUGAUAGUGGCUCAAAGCUCUGUGCGCCGUUCCGGGCCUCAAAUCCGGAGUCUGUGAGCCCCAUGACUCCAUCAACCCCUCCUCCAAGACCGGUACGCAUGUCGGAUCCUUCGUCGUCGCGGCGCCCAUCAUUAGUCGACCCCCCGACUAGUCCUGUAUCCGAUCAAGGUAGCGAGAUAGACGGUCUGCUAGCAAAUCUAGCGGCAGUGGAGCAGCGGAGAAAGGAGCGAGCAUCACAGCUACAAAUGCUACAAGCAGAAGAAAUGGCAAUAAGAGAGGAGGAAGCAGCGAUAUUGGAGCAACUUCGGAAGAGAGCUUCAAUGAUACCAGAUGGCAGAGGGUCACCUCGGUCAUCAUAG